AUGCCGAGCCAACGUCCGCCUCAGGUCUCUUUCCGCCACUACCCCAAUAGCAUUCAAGGUCCAAACUUCAUCGCCGCACAAGUUCCUUGUUAAUCCACCAACUGGGCUUAUCCCUCCUUCAUCCUCUACCAUCUUUCAAAUCAUACUCAGACCACAAACCCAUCUCCCAUCCUCUUUGCCUCGUUCUCCCUCCGACCGUUUCCUCCCAAUUCAUCCGAUUUGACUAACCCCGAUUCUCUCAACUCAUGGUUCUCUUCCCUUCCUCUCUGGUCAACUCAAGAUUUUAAGCUCAAGGUUGCCUUCGUCGGUCCGUUUCUUCUCCGGCACGCUGUCAGCAGUGGGGAUGUUAACUCUGUGAAGAAUAUAAUAAAGAGGCAGAGGUCGAUACUUUCUGAGUUGUCACCGAGAGAGGCUGAGUCGCUCCUUCGAGUUGCUACUGAGUUGGCUGACCCUGAGGGUAUGGUGAACUUACUGCUUGAAGCUGGGUUGAAGAUUGACGCACGGGCGAAAGCGGAUGAUGUGGGCUUUCAUCAAAUGGACGCAAAGUGGCAAUCCAAAGGCUGGUGCGAGCUGCACGUGGCAAUAGCAUUUGAUCGGACGGACGAAGUUUUGGAUUCAUUGGAUAGUUUUGGGCCAUUGGAUUUGAGAGAUAAAGAAGGAAGGACACCGUUGCAUUUGGCGGCAGGUAGAGGGAAUAUCAAGUGCGCUAGGGUAUUGGUGGAAUCCGGUGCAGAUAAGGAUGCUAAGAGCAAAGAUGGCAGGACUGCACUGUAUAGAGCAGCGGCAAAUGGUGACCAUAAGAUGGUAGAGAUGCUAAUUGAGAUGGGUUCUGACCCCACAAUCGCAGAUAAUCAUGGCCGUUCAGCUUUUGAUGUUGCUCGGGACAAGGGACAUCUAAAUAUAGUCACAAACUAGAGAAUCCAGCUUCAAAUAAUUCAGACUACAUUAUUAAGUACCUUUCUUUAUUGACGACGACGCCGGAGGAGAUUCUGGAGACUCUGGAACGUGGAGAAGUAGUGCUAAUGGCGGCCAGGCGAGGGAACUUGGAACACCUUGAAUCAUUACUAAAGAAAGGUGCAAACGAAAACUAUAAAGAUCAAUAUGGCUUCACAGCCUUGCGUGCAGCAGCUAUCAAAGGGCACAAAGAUAUAGUAUCAAUGCUAGUUAAGUUAAUAGAUUGUUAACUGUUAAAUUAAAAAUUUUUAAUUGAAAUUUAUAUAUUUCUCUA